AAUGGCGACCAUAGUUGCUUCACUAACGUGUAAUCGGCACCAGGGAGGCUUCCGGUGUCCGGCCGCAGAGCAAGGCGGGAAACUAUUUUAAACUGAGGCGGUGGCUGAAGCUGGUUGCCGCUUCUCAAAGGCGGGAUUUCAGAGCCUCUGCAGGGCUCAAGUGGAGAGGGGCGAGUGGGACCCACUAUCCCUUGCCCUUCCCCUCCUGUGGCAGAAGCCGACUUCGCAGGAGCGAGGGUCGCAGAGCUGGUGGCUGGGUCCGCGGAAAUGCCCCUCCCAGGGUGAAGUCGUCGGACGUCUGAAGAAGCAGAAGUCUCCUUCCCGGGCUGUUUGUGUCCCUGGAGAUUUUAAUCUCUACUCAGUUUUGGAACCAGAUUUGGUUCGUGAAGCCGGAAUGGGUGACAGCGUCAUCACGGCAUUUUAUUGACCAUGGAUUCUUAUGACACACCAGAAUCGACUCCUAGGCACAGUGCAUCCUCAAGGCUUAAAGAUUACUUUAUAGGUGCCACCCCUUUGCAGAAACGAUUAGAAUCAGUCAGGAAGCAGACUUCAUUUAUCCCAACUCCACCUCGAAGGAAAAUUCCUCAGUGUUCACAAUUACAGGAAGAUAAUGAUCCUCAAAAAGUUGCAUUCCUUCUGCAUAAACAAUGGACUUUAUAUAGUUUAACUCCCCUAUAUAAAUUCUCCUAUACUAAUCUCAAAGAAUAUUCUAGACUUCUGAGUGCAUUUAUUGCUGCUGAAAAGCAAAAAGGGCUUGCUGUGGAAGUGGGAGAAGACUUCAACAUCAAAGUGACUUUCUCCACUCUCCUAGGAAUGAAAGGAACACAAAGAGACCCUGAAGCAUUUCUCGUCCAGAUUCUGUCAAAAUCUCAACUGCCAUCUGAGAACAGAGAACAUAAAGUGUUGUGGACUGGUUGGUUCUGCUGUAUAUUUGGAGACAGUCUUCUGGAGACUGUAUCAGAAGAUUUCACCUGUGUACCCUUAUUCCUUGCAAAUGGAGCAGAGACGAAUACAGCCAUAGUAGGAACCUGGUUUCAGAAAACUUUUGAUUGUUAUUUCAGUCCCUUAGCAAUCAAUGCAUUUAAUCUUUCCUGGAUGGCUGCUAUGUGGACUGCAUGCAAAAUGGACCAGUAUAUGGCUGCUACCGAAUUUCUUUGGUCUGUACCCUGCAGCCCUCAAAGUCUGGACAUUUCUUAUGCCAUACAUCCAGAGGAUGCAAAAGCUUUGUGGGACAGUGUCCACAAAACACCUGGAGAAGUUACUCAGGAGGAAGUUGACUUAUUUAUGGACUGCCUUUACUCACAUUUCCAUAGGCAUUUCAAAAUUCAUUUAUCAGCCACAAGAUUGGUCCGUGUUUCCACAGCUGUAGCUUCAGCACAUACUGAUGGAAAAAUAAAGAUUCUGUGUCAUAAAUACCUUAUUGGAGUCUUGGCAUAUUUGACAGAACUGGCAAUUUUUCAAAUUGAUUGAAGUCUUGUAGGGACUAUAAAUGAUGAAUUAUAUACUUUUUUCUCACUGAUUAUUUGUCUAAUUGCUAUGCUGAGAGGGCCUGCAGGAGAAAUAUGCAUCUAUCUCUGCAUCUGUUUUCCUCUCAGUCCUUUGGAAUUGCCUAGAUGGAAUUCAAGAAGCAUCUAGAAGAACAAAGAAGGUGGUAGUGGAAUCACAGCCAGGUGCUCGAUAAUAGUCUUGAUGAUCUGGGAUGCCCGUCUCUAGAAAAUGCUGAGUUGUUAUUUUCUUGGACCAUCUUUCUAAAAAAUAUGUAAUGUUUAUUAUAUCAAAUUUUUAGGAUUCAAACGAGGUAUCUCUAAUAUUAUUUCUGAUUUGGAUCAUUUCACUGUAAAGAGUUGGCAAUUAAAAUCGCCUCCAAAGGAAACUAGAGAUUAAUAUACACUAUUUUAAGCCACUUAUAUGCUUCUGUUUUUAAUACUGUUCAAUUCUUAUUUCAAUGUUGAAUUAAAUAUUCACUUUUAAAAUGAAGCAGUGUGUUUAUCAGUGUCUUGGUGACAGAUCUUGAAUUAAUGUCUCAGGAAUGAGAGAUCGUACGGUUUUACUCUAGCACAAAUGUUACAAGCCAACAAUCAUGUGGAAUCAAAGGCAACUGGGAGCCUCUUUUGAGGCAGAAAUUGUCUUGUUUACCUUCAUGUCCCUGAUUUUGCUUUAGCACCAUGCUUGGUAAAUAUCUGCAGAUUAAGUGAAUGCGUUUUAACCAACUCUUCCAUUUUAUAGAUGCAGACUAUGAGAUUGAGCAAUUUAGGAGACCUGCCCAGGAUGCUAUAUCUAAAUCUCUAAAUCUCUUCUUUUAAUUUAUUGAGCGUAGGAAGAUUUUGUUUUACUUUAUAAAUGAUGUUUUUAACAAUUUGAAAGGAAAUAACUUUAAUAGGCUGUCAUUCUAAAAACAAAGGUUAACUUCUGGAAUGGGGUAUUAUUUCACAUAUAGCAUGAAUAGCAGAGGUAAUGGAAAAAGCAUGGGCUUUGGAGUCAGGCAGUCAUUCAUUUAACUAAUAUUAAGCUCCUACAGUGUACUUGGAAUUGUAUUGGACAACAGGGAUAUAGCAAUGAAGACCAAAAAGAUCCCUGUCAUGUGGAAAUUAUAUUCUAGUGGAGGAAGGUAAAAGAUAAUUUCAGUUGAGAGAAAUGUUAUAAAGAAAAUAAGGCAGUAGAUUAUAGAAAGUGGUGAUUUUUUACAUAGUCGUCAAAGAAGGUCUCUCUGAGGAAGUGACAUUUGAGCUGAGUCCUGAGGUGAGAGGGAACCGGCUAUGUGAAGGUAAGUGCAAGGGUAUACUAGACAGGUAAAAUGGCAAGAGCACAGGCCGUGAGAGAGGUAAGAACUGGGUUUGUUUGAGGACUAAAGGAAAUCUGUGUGGCUGGAGCAUAGGAAGGGUGGAGUAGUAGUAGAUGAAAGGGAAGAGACUGUGCAGCAGAGCUCAUUCCAUCGGUUAUACCUCCCAUGACUGGGCAUGUGGCUGUCCAGAAUAAAGAUGACCUUUUCUGACCUCAGAGUUAGGUAUAGUCCUAUGACUAAGUUCUGGCCCAUGGCCUAUGAACAGAAGGAUCAUGUAGGGCUUCCAGGAGUCUUCCUUAAAAAACAGUAGGUAUGUACCCUUUGCCUUUUUCUUAUUCUUCUUCCAUCUUUUCUUCUUGGAACACAUAUAAUGACUAGAAUACUAGCCAUUCUUUGUGGUCACGGGGCUGCAGGUCAGGUCAUAAGGAUGGUAGAGCAUGGUCUAAAGGAGUUUGUGCCUCAAGGACUUAAAGCUGAACCCCAUUGCCACCCUUGGGCAGUCUUCCUCUAGACUUACGUGUCAGAGAAGUAAACUUUUUUUUUUUUUUUUUUUUAAGAGACGAAGGGUUUUAGGGGCAGAGGGGGAGAGAGAGUCUUAAGCAGUCUCCACCUCCAGCACAGAGCCUGACACGGGGCUCGAUCGCACAACCCUGAGAUCAUGACCUGAGCUGAAAUCAAGGGUCCGUGCUUAACCGACAGCCACCCAGGCCCCCCAGAGAAGUAAACUUUUAUCUGGUGUAAGCUGUUGCUGUUUUGGGUCUCUUGCUCAUAGCCAAACUUAAUCCUGAUAGAAGGAGGCAGGAUCUACAUCACCUAAGUUUUUGUAGAUACUGUUAAGAGAUUGGAUUUUAUUUAUUUAUUUAUUUAGUUUAUUUUUUUUUAAAAGAUUUUUUAAUUUCUUUAUUCAACAGAAAUAGAGACAGCCAGAGAGAGAAGGAACACAAGCAGGGGGAGUGGGAGAGGAAGAAGCA